AUGUCUUCGCCUCUCAAGCGGCCGGAGAAGGCAAAGAACAAGGUCAACCAAAUUUCAAACCCUCGCCGGCUCCUGAUUCUAGCUCCGAGUACGGAAUCUCAAACAGUUAUCCCACCCUUCCUCACCCGCCUGACUGGCCAGCCGCCCAUUCUCCCCUCGCUGAAAUCCGACACGAAACAAACUGACAGUGAUGCGACAAUCGACAUCUCAGACGUCGCAUGUACAGCUACUACCCCACCACCGGCGUCAUUUGCGGGAUACACCACACACGCGCCGUUACAGCUAAAUACAAAAUACUACAGCGCGGAUAUACCACUAUGGGUCGACGAAGUUCCGUCACUUCCAUUAAUACCCUCAUCGGAUGUUUCCUCGUCGUCGGCCGGGGGGGAUAGCGCAAGCUCCCCCGAGGCUUGGAGAAAGGAGUUCGCCAGCGAAGAGGCGCGGGAGGUCAGGGAUGCCAUAGGGGCAAUAAUAGUCUGCACGCAAAAGCCGGAACCGCCUGAUCCGGCUUUACUAAGGGAGGGGAUGAUGGAUGGGGGUGAAAACACUGACAGCGCUAUUUUUCAACGCGCGGUGGACAGGACUAAAGAUCUUGCUCGUGCGGUUAUAGAAGUCAAAGCGCUGGCCGAGGAAGAGAGAGGUGAGAUAGGUGAUAUCCCUGGUGUGAUUGUGUUGGUGGGGGAUAAGUGUGAGAAAGGUAUCUCCGCUGCAAGUAAGCAUGACGAUGGUGAUGCUUCAGCGGAUUCAGCGGAGUAUGGAGCAUUAUGGUGGGACGAGGAGUUGAGUGAUCUAGGAGUUGGCUCUGGACUUGAGGUAGUGUUUUGGGAUCCUAAAGGAACCACUGAGGAUCCCAAAGCAAGAAACGAAUAUGGAGAACUCAUGGGCAUUGCAAGAGUGCAGGAAGUAUUAGAAACUCACCAAUGGUCGUCUUCAGCCUCAGAUGACGCGGAGUACGAUUUGGAGUCGAUUAGCUUACACGGAGACGAGGAGGCCAUUGGAGGUUUCGCUCUAGAAGCUAAUGAGCUUGAAAAGGAAAUGGCUGGUCUUCGGCUUGCUAUCAACAGCAAAAGGAAUGAUGGCAGCAUUGAUGAUAAGUUUGAGGAUAUCGGAGAUGACAGCCUUCAAGUCGAGCAACUUGAAGGGCUAAUGAUGAGAGUGCAGGCCAUAAAAGACAUGGGGGCAGAUUUACCUGACCAGGAAAGGAAGAAGUUUGCUGCAAAAGCCAUUAGGGAUCUAAUGAAGGAUAUAUGA